AUGGAAGAUGAAAUCAGUUGUAACGAUCCACAAUUUAUGACUAUGUUGGAAACCUGUCUACUCAUGGAAAUCGAGACAUUCAAGUACAUAUUUUCUGAACUUGUAAGACAGAUAAAAGACUUCAAAGUUAAAGUGAAAAUGCAGUUGCAAACGAGAAAAGAAUUGAAAGAAAACACAAAGAAUAUUCAAGAAAAUAUUCUAAUUUUAAGUAACUCUCUGAGCAAGUAUGUAAAAAAUAAUGACUUUUAAAACAUAUCAAUUACAUUAUAUAAUUUCAUCAUAUUUGCAAACAUGAUCUUUGAAAAUAUCUUUAAUAGAGAAAGAAAUUAUAUGAUUGAAAUUUCUAAUAAAAUCGAGCUAAUGAAGCUUAAUUUGGAUAACGAUUAUAAAAUUAUGAAAGUGGAUUGUGAAUUUUAUGAAAAUAUAUACAACAACUACGAAAAAGUGUGGGAAUCGUAUCACAGAAAAUAUGAAGAGUUCCCUUUAGCUAAGGACAGAAAAGAGGCGAAAAUAAAAAUGGAAAAGCUUCAAAUCGAUCAGAUGGUCUUGGAAUACAAAGUUAACGAAUUCGAGAAGAUUUUGAAGCAAAAACAGCGGAUCGCGUGGCUCAGAAUGCGCGCAAAAAUCAUCAUACUUGCGCGUGCAAUUUCAAAUUAUACCAGACUAGUUGAAACAUUGAAAGAUCUCGAUAGAAAUGUCGACAAACGCAAGGAGGAGUUGAACACGAUUGAAACGGAGCUAGCCAUGCGAUUGAAGAAACAAGAGGAAGAAAAGAGGGAUCGAGCGUUGAAACUGCUGGAAAUGCCACCGCCAAAGAUUAAUUUCUCCCACAUGCGCACGAUUUACGGCCCUAGGCCGGGAAUCGGCUUCCCAGACGGUUGGAAAAGAAAUUAUGAGAAUUCCAUAGAUACUUUAUCGGUGGAUACCCUGAUGUUGGAAGAAAUGUGCUUAACGGAAGAAAAUUCCAUUCAACCACCAUCCCGUACCGAAGUUCAAGCCCAAAAAGAUCAGAAGCUUUCUUACGAGGAACCGAUCGAUUCAAGAAGUUCUUCCCUGGACCAAGAGCAGCAAGAAGCGGAGAAGGAAGAUGUGGCCAGCGAGGUGGAUGGAAAUAUAGGCUCAGAACCGAUCGAUGCAGUCGAGGAGGAAAUGGAACAACGAAUGGACCAGGAACUGGAGCACGUAGACCAGUCAUCUGGUCUUUCCAAAGAUAAGCAAACAGACCAACGUUGCGAGGAUCUUGAGAAGGAGAGGGAUGAACCGGUGGCAAAGAAAAUGAAGUUGAUUUCCAGCUCAGAGAGAUCCGUGGCAUCACCAAUGAAGGGUAUUCUAUUAGAGAGGACGAAGAGCUGUUCGGUCGAACCAUCUCCACGUCCAAGAAUCUCGAGAAUCGAGACAUUUCAUUACACUGUGCCUUCAAUUAAAAAAAUUGAAAAAUUCGUCCCAAGAGAAAUUCAAAUUCCAUUGAUGAAUCAAUCUCCUGGAUCAAUAAUAAGGAGGAAGGAGUCUUCUGUAUGGAAACUCGACCAGAAUAAUCCUAAUCCUUCCAGUAUGUUUACUCCUGGUCACUAUGAUUAUUCUGAUAACAGUGAAAUAAGUUUCUGUAUCGAUGAGAAUAUGACUGAAUUGAAAGCUGAUCAAAUAUCGCUCUACGGUGGAUCUGUUCGAAAUUUUUGCGAGUGUCCCAAUUUAUCACCGAUCAAUGAAAAUAUAAAUCCAGAGGGCAAGGUUUCAUCGACUAGCAAUACUCGCAAUUUUUCACAAUUUGAGAAAAAGUUCGACUUUAGUAAUAUUUUGAAAGGCAGUUCCAGUGGAAAAAAUCUCUUUUAAAUUUCAAUUUUAUUGAAGAGGAUCAAUAAUUAUUUAAGAAACGUGUAUUUCUCUUGUAAAAUCUCAUUUCGAUGAAAUAAAAUCGCGUGAAGCGAGAACGAAUGAGAUAAUUUCUCUCUUGGAAUGGUAAUAAGACUGGUUCAUUUUUCGUCUAGAGUGAAUAAUAUUCGAGCGAAAUUACGCAUAGUCGUAAUUUUCACUCUCGACAGUCGGUGGAAAGCGUUGGUGGUAGCUCGGUUCCAUCCUAAGAAGCCGGGAAAAGGAAACAUGAAAGACGUAGACGGGGGUAGAAAAGAGGCACACGCCAGGCUGGAGAGGGAGAAAGGAAGAGCACUCGGCUCGACGACUGAAAAGUAGGUCCUUUAAAGCGCUCUUUUGUGUGCCACUCUUUAAAGACCAUUGCCACUGACAUUUAAUCCUCUGUCUGAAUGUUUGUGAAUUAUUUAAAGGACCACCCUGUAGUUAGACGUUAAAUGAUCACUUCAUCGAUAAAUUUUGUAACGUAAAGAGAGAUCAGAGUGCGAUAAAUUUACUUGUACAAAUUGGAUAAAAUUUUGGAACUUUGAAAAUAAUGUAAUUAAAACAAAUUUUUAAUUUAAUUUUCUAAUAUCAAAAGAGAUCAGUGUUAUAAAAAUGUGGAUAUUAAAGAAUAUUUGUAUAUAUAUAUGUUUUGAAUAAUUUUUUAUACAAAUUUUAACUUAAAAAAAAGAAUUAUUUCUAUUCAUGUAUUCAUUAAUAGAAUGGUGUAUGCAUGAAAGAAAAAUUCAAAAUGGCUAUUAAAAACUAAUAAUUUUAAAAGAAACUUCAGUGAAUUAAUGACACGCGUAUAUAUUCAAGUAUAGAGUUUUUGAGAAAAGAAUUUUUGCAUUCAAAUUAACUUUUCUCAAUUUAAACAUUUUCUUCAUUUUAAUCGUUGAGAUACUGAAUAAUUCUAAAGAAAAAUGAUAUAUGGGGAACUGGAUCUGAUGAAAAUGCAAAAGGA